GAAACACCCGUUCAUACUCUAUCUAUCUAUAUAUAUAUUAUAUUCUAAGUUAAUGUUUUUCUUUUUUAAAAAGACGAAUAGGGAUUUGGUCUGUGGAGGGCAUCACAACGACCUGGGAUUCUCUCCUCUACUGAGGAAGAAGGGUGAUGACUAGUGGGCGAAUAAUUGUUAGAUUUCGACGUUAAAUUAUCUGUAUAUUUAUUCAAAUCAAACGGCCUAAAUUGAUCUAGAGGGCUUCCUAAACCCAAAAGUUUAUCGCAAAGCCAAAGGGGUUCUCCUUCUACCUGUAUGAUUCUGUGUUCGACGAGUUCCGUUGGAUCUAGGCUCAGGAUUCUACCGGUAGGCAAAAGCAUUGUUUUUCAAGUGCAGACUUAGUUGCAUUGUAGAUUAGCUUUUGCUUCUCUGCUUCUACCGUGUACCAGCUGAAACAUCAGUCUCAAACCGACCCCUUAGUCAGCUUGAGAAGGAUUCUGAUGGAUCCAUCCAUCAUGAAGCUCCUCGAAGAAGACGAGGAUGAAACAAUGCAUUCUGGUGCUGAUGUGGAGGCACUCACUGCUGCCUUAAACAGAGACAUAGAAGGAGAUACCUCAACUUCUCAGCCUUCAGAUUCUGAAAAUGUUUUAUCUCAAGGAAGCAAUCAUACUUCCAGUCAGUUGUUUUCACAGUGGCAAACAUCCAGCCAAGAUGAAAACACGGACUCUCAAAGUCAACAAGAGCUAAAGAGUUUGCAGCAGCAAGAGCUAAACUCAUCUGACUUGGAGCAAAAGCAGCAUGGAUCUGGUGUUGAGAAUCAGCAACAAGUUGAUGCCUCACAUGACAUAAAUCGCCUCCCUUUGCAACAGAAACAAUCCCAAGAUGAUCCUCAACAGCUGCAGUCAGAACCAAAUCCCAUACAGUUUUCUCAAGCACCUGGGAUACAGAUUUCAGAAAAGAAUUCUGUCCAGAUUCCAGAACCAGACAGAAUUCAUAAUCCAGAUAAACAGCAUCAAUUCCCAGAAUUACAGAAGAUAAAUAAUCAACAGGGAAUAGCCACUGAGCAGGCAAGUAACUCGGGGAAUCAAAAUAAACAUAUACCAUUUGGAAUGUUGCUUCCAUCUAUAAUACCCCACCUGGAUAAAGACAGAGCCUUGCAACUUCGAACUCUUUAUGCUAAACUGAAGAAAAAUGAAAUCCCCAAACUAGCAUUCGUCAGGCUUAUGAGAGGUAUCGUAGGAGACCAGAUGCUCAAGUUGGCAGUAAUGAAACUGCAACAAUCACCGACCGGACCCAGCCAAUUCCAAUUACAGUCUCAAGCUUCAGCGCUGCAACAACAUUUGAAAACACCAUCCAGUAUUGGCUCACAGUUCUCUGAUCCUCAUUCAUUUUCACAACUUCAUCAGAAGGGCCAGAGCACUCCUGCAGACUCAUCUCAUAUGCCCUCUUCAGCCAUGAAAGUGCAGACUGAUUCAAGCUAUCCAACCACUGAAACCAAUUCUCAAAAACCCCGGGAGAUGGAACGUCAGUCAGAUUCACAUGGAAUGCAAGGGAGCCAAAUGUCUUCUUCCAGCUUGAGUUCUGCCAAACAAGAAAGGGAGCACUCUGUGAUGCCAAUGCAAGGUCCUAACAAGCAGCAGCUACAGCAACAGCAACAGCAGCACCAACAGCAACAGCAACAGCAGCAGCAACAGCAACAGCAACAGCAGCAGCAACAACAACAACAGCAGCAGCAGCCUCAGCAACAGAAGCAGCAUCUGCACUUUUCACAGACACCUUUUACUAUGUAUGGGAGUGCUGGUGGUAAUUAUCACUCAUAUACAGGCACUAAUGUUAAUACUUCAGCAACAUCUACAAAACAGCAACCUCAUGAUUCCCAAAUGAGGCAAGUGCCUCUUCACCAAAACAUUGGUUCAACUCAGAUGGGAGGGACAAGUCAAGCCAUGAAUCCAAUGAGUGUGCCCAAAUUUGAGAGGCAGAGUUCUGUUAAUGAUCCCAAGAGAGUGCAGGGUGGAUCUCUUCCUCAUCCAUCAAACAGUUCGACAUUGCAACAGAGUUCUGUUCCUUGGCAAUCAUCAACAAAUAAAGAGCAGAUCUCAUCAAUGGCAUAUGUAAAGCAGGAACCAGCUGAUCAAACUAAUGAGCAGCAGCAAAAAUCCCAGCUGUCUACCCCACAGAGUUUGUCUUCUUUCCCUGCUGUACAGGUUGAAAAGGGAAAUGCCAUUCCAGGAAUUUUAAAAGAUGAAUCUUUGGAGAAGCAGGCUUCUAGAAUUGGUUUCUCAUCAUCUAUGAGUAUGUUGCCUCCAAAUUCAGUUUCAUCUUCCAUGGGGACACAUCUGGACCCAAAUGUCACGCUAGGCUCCCGAAUCCCAUCUGUUACUUCUCCUGUUGGAAUUAAUACAAGGACACCCCCAAAAAAACCUUCUAUUGGCCAGAAGAAACCACUUGAAGCACUUGGUUCUUCACCGCCUCUGCCAAGUAAAAAGCAAAAAGUAUCUGGAGCCUUUCUGGAUCAAAGCAUUGAACAACUGAAUGAUGUUACUGCUGUCAGUGGAGUUAACCUGAGGGAAGAAGAAGAGCAGUUAUUUUCCGGGCCCAAGGAGGACAGUCGAGUCUCAGAAGCAUCUCGAAGGGUUGUGCAAGAAGAAGAAGAAAGGCUAAUUUUGCAGAAAGCUCCUCUUCAAAAAAAAUUAGCAGAAAUCAUGGCUAGAUGCAGUUUAAAGAAUAUAAGCAAUGAUGUGGAGCGAUGCUUAUCAUUGUGUGUUGAAGAAAGAUUGCGUGGAUUUAUAAGUAAUUUAAUCAGACUGUCAAAACAGCGAGCUGAUGUUGAGAAACCAAGACAUCGGAGUAUUAUUACCUCAGAUAUUCGACAACAAAUCUUGAUAAUGAACCAUAAGGCCAGGGAGGAAUGGGAGAAAAAGCAGGCUGAAGCAGAAAAGCUUCGUAAACUCAAUGAGCCUGAGGGUAGUACUGGGGUUGAUGGUGACAAGGACAAGGAUGAAGGUCGUGUAAAAUCACUCAAGGCAAACAAAGAGGAGGAUGACAAAAUGAGGACAACAGCUGCAAAUGUUGCUGCUCGAGCUGCUGUUGGAGGAGAUGACAUGUUGUCCAAAUGGCAACUUAUGGCUGAGCAAGCUCGCCAGAAACGUGAAGGAGGAAUUGAUGCAGCCUCUGGUUCUCAACCUGGUAAAGAUGCAAGCCGCAAGCUGUCUUCAACCUCUGGAAGAAAUGCAAGGGAAAAUCAAGAAGCAGAAAAAAGGGGCUACUCAACUGUUGUUUCUUCACCUGGUAAGGCUGAAUCUCCUUGGUUAACACUUAAUUUUAGAGAUUUAUACAUGAUAAUUUGCUGCUCAACUUUAGAUGUCAUUGCUGAUACACUGAGACUGAACCCCCAAAUAAACUGCAAUUAUAAGCUUUGUGGUCUUAUGCUUAGUAACCCUGGUUUAAAAUUUCAUGUGUCUGGGUGUAAAAUGUGCUGGUAUGGUGGCUUGUCCUUCUUAUUACAAAAGUUUAUGCACAUUUGAUAUCGAAUAACACCCAUAUACAGUCUAAAGGUAAUUUAUUUACCUCAAAUGAUAAAUGAUUGACCUUCCUCAAAUCAUAAAUUGCUGACUCAUGUAUCAGCAUGCUUCAUCUGUUCAAGGGAGAGGUGGCUUGUCCUGCUUAUUACAAAAGUUUAUGCAUAUUCAAUAUCAAAUGUCAUCCAUGUGUGCUCUAAAUCUAACAUUGAUACUUAAAAUGAUAAAUGGCUAAUUCACCUUAAAUCAUAAAUGGCCAACUCAUGCUUCAUCUAGUACUUUCACAAGAGCAUUAGUGUUAGAGAGAGAGAGAGAUAGAGCUUAGUACUUUGACACCACCAUCUAGUACUUUCACAUGAGCAUUAGUGUCACAGAGAGAGUGAGAGAGAGCUUCAUCUAGUACUUUGACACCAUCAUCCAUCAUUAGUGAGAGGAAAGAGGUGGAAACCUCAAAUCAUGAAUGGCUGACUCAUGUUUCAUCUAGUACUUUCACACGAGUUAUGGUGCUAGAGAAGGACAACGUAACUUUGGAACACAGAGACUUGAGUAUGACUUUUGAGAAUAUGCCUUUUCUGGAGGCAUUUCACUCUAACUUAUUGACAAACUUGAUCUGAAAGUACACCAAAUUCAGAGGGUGUAAAAACUCUGCCACCAUCUCCUAAUCCCAAUUAAAGAUCCUAGAUCUUGGAUUCGAACAAGCAGUCAUCCCUGCCCUUGCCUCUAAAUAAUACACCACUCAACCAUCUCUAUGAACUGCUAGAGUGAAAAGAGCCGAAAAAGGAUACUUUUAACUUCAUUUCCUCACACCACUGAGCUAUCCGAAAUUUUUUGUUUCAUCCUUACGAAUGGAGAUGCUGGUUCUCACUCGAAAAUCUUCCUAACCUACAUAUUGCUUUCUAGAGGCUGCAAUCAAAAACCUCCCUACAGAUCCUGGAGCACUGACCCCGCCUGCUAUAUCACCAUACUUCCUCCUGAUGUCUCUCCUCUAAAGGCAAUCACGAUCACAAGAAAAUCUCUAUAACCAUUUUCAAGUAACACCUUAUUCAACAGUAAGAGCCUUCUUACCUCUAUGCUUCCUUUGCUCCUCUUGGAGAACACCUUGCCCCACUAGCUACAAGGAUCUCCAUUGGAAGGUUGACUCUCUUAUAGAAACUCUAUCUAAAUUUUCUCCAAUCUGGGUUGCACUUUCUUUGGGAUCACUCAGGAAGACAUGAUGGAAAGGCUAGUAAGGGCAAUUUUUUCUUUAAAAAAAAAAAGCUUGCCACUAUUUGAGAUCAAACUUCUUCCAAGAGGCCAAUCUUUUUUAGAUCUCAUCUCUACUAAAUCCCAAACAACAACAAAUUUUGAAGAGGCUCCCAAAUGCAAACCCAGAUAUAUUGUGGGAAACUAACCCAGUCUACACCCAAAACAUAAGGCUAGUUUCUCAACCGUCUCUACUAACUCUAUUGGAAUAUGCUCACUCUUUUCCAUAUUUAUUUUUAAGCUUGAAACAACUUCAAAACACAUCAACACCUAUCUCGAGUAUAAUAAUUGCUUGCUGGUAGCAUCAAAAAAAAAAAAAAAUGAAAGAAAGCCAGAUCUGUGAAGAGAAUAUGGAAGAUCAAAAGACCACCCUAUUCCCUUCCUUUUAGCUUGAAGUUAUUAAUGAAACCUGUGUCAACUACCCGGUCCAUGUUGCGAAACAAGACUCCUAGUACCAAAAUAAAUAAGUAGGGAGAGAGGUGAUCUCCUUGCCUGGGUCCUCUUGAACUCUGGAAGAUACCAAUUGGAAUCCUAUCCACUAACAUUGAAAAAUGAACUAUAUACAUACAUAAUUUAAUCCAAUCAUUGCAUUUUUCCCCCGAAACACAUACUGUUCAUCACCCAAAAAGGAAGCUUUAGUUCACAUGAUCAUAAGCUUUCUCUUUAUCCAAUUUGCGGGCCAACUCUUCUCUUGGGCUUUUGAUUUUGAAGUCACUAGCCUCAUUUUCAAUCUAACACUGUUCGACAAUUGAAGGCAGGUAGGUUGAAUAAUCUGAAUAAACAAUCAGCAUUUUGCAGAACUCUAAACUACUUUUGGUGUGUCCUGUGACCCAUAAAAUUAUAAUCUUGGUGGUUCAACCACCAGUCCUGUUUGGGUUAAAAAAUGCGGUAAAAACACUGUUCUGCGUUCUUUAUGCUAAAAAACUAAAAAGAAACGACAUGAAUUUUUUUAUUUCUGUAACCAAAUCCACGAGUCAUUGAUCUUCUUAACCGUGUGUAUAUUGUGGAGAAAAAUUAACUUCAUGUUACAUCAUCCAACUGGCAAUGUUGGAAGAAAAAUUGUGAGAACAUGUGAUUUGGCAAAAGAUGUGUCCUUGUAGAUUUUGUAAGCCAAAAGAAGAGAAUUCAUUUAGCCAAGCUCAGAUGUUAGAGACAAAGCAAUCCUUCCAGUAUUGGAGGAUUGAUAUUUGACUGAUAACAAAUUCUGUAGCUCUGUAGAAUGCAGGUGGAUGUUGUUUUCUUGGACUUAGUCUGAUAUCGAAUAUGGCCCAUUUGUUAGAGAUAUGCACAUACUUCGAAGGCUAUACUGUAUGACAACACCUUUAAUUUACUUCCUCCAGUGCCUUUGAUGCACUAACUGUUUUUCUUUUUCCUGCUAAAGAAAUGGGGCCUUUCCUGCAGAAAACUUCUCAAUUCAACUUCUUCUCAGCAUUGUGUGGUUCUUUGCAUUGUCUCUGUUUUCUUACUUAACUCUUUUUUGGACAGGUGGUGUUAGAAAAUUUGGAAGGAACAAUGCCAUAGUGCCCCAAACUAGGGUAGCUCGUAAUAUCACUGUUAAGGAUGUCAUUUCAGUAUUGGAAAGGGAACCACAAAUGUUGAAAUCUACUCUGAUAUAUCGCUUGUACGAAAAAAUGCGCUCUGGUGCUGCAACUGAAUAAUCUAUUUGGUGCCUGAGUUCCUAGUUGUGAAUGCACCACCGGGCUUACAUUUGACCCAUGCUGAUCUUGCAGCACUGAAUACAUGCUAUAAUUUAUCUUCAAUGGGAGAACUUUGCAAUGGAAGGCUAACAUAAAUACUUGCUGUAAUUUAUUUUCAGUGGGAGAAGUUUCAGGGGAAUGGGAACAUGGAUACUUGCUAUAAUUUAUUUUGGAUGGCCGAACUUUGCGGGGAAAAUUAACAUGAUUUCAGUAUGUAACCGAAUGAUUGCAUUCUGCAAUGUGAAUAUGAGCUCUUGGUAAUUUGUUUGUACCUUUUACAAUCA